AUGCGAGUCAUAAGCCAUCUAGCAGGCCGACCAGCCUUUCUGCCGCUCACUUCCCGAGCGACGUCUUAUGCUUCUCAUCCCCAUCUUCAGACUCUGAGUCGAUUCACUCCCCUGCGCGACAGCCCCUUUAUCAAACGCCAGCUACACCUUGCCCCUCCCUUUCUCCUAGACGAUUACACCCCCCGCUAUCUAACUCUUAGCUCCGUGGACAUUGCCAAAAAGCGCGCCAAAGCCUAUGCACACCUACGCAAGUGCAACCUAUGCCCACGCAAAUGCGGCGUCAACCGCUACAAAGAAACCGGCGUGUGUCUGGUCGGCGCCGAGACGGUCAAGGUUAAUGUGAUCGCGCCGCAUUUCGGCGAGGAGCCAUGCAUCCAGGGUCACCAUGGCAGCGGGUCGGUGUUCUUUAGCAUGUGUAAUUUGAGAUGUGUGUUCUGCCAGAACCAUGACAUCUCGCAUCAGAGGAAUGGCCAGGAUUUGACUCCCGAGGAGCUGGCUGAAUGGUAUAUCAAGUUGCAGGAGGUUGGAAAUGUGCAUAAUAUUAAUUUGAUUACGCCCGAGCACGUCGUCCCCCAAGUAGUUCUCUCCAUCCUUCAUGCGAGGGAGCUGGGUCUACGCAUCCCCAUCAUCUACAACACCUCCGCCUACGACGCCCUCGAGUCCCUCGAACUCCUUGACGGGCUAGUUGACAUCUACCUCCCUGAUUUCAAGCUCUGGUCACCUGCCAGCUGCAAGCGGCUGCUCAAGGCGGAAGACUAUGCCGAUGCUGCAAGGGAGAGCAUCAAGGCGAUGCACGCGCAGGUAGGCGACCUGUGCUUCACGCCCGACGGCAUCGCAAAGCGCGGCGUGCUGGUGCGCCACCUCGUCAUGCCCGGGCUCGAGCAUGAGGGCUCCGAAAUCAUGAAGUUUUUGGCCGAAGAGGUGUCGAGGGACUGUUUUGUGCAUAUCAUGGAGCAGUAUCAUCCGGACGCUUACGUGGGCAGGCCGAAAACGAGAGGGGCUUCGGCUGCCAAUGGGGAGGCGGGUGAGAAGAGAUAUGCCGAGAUCAAUCGUGCUGUGACGGAGGAGGAGGUCACGUCUGUCAGGAAGGCUGCUGAGAAGGCAGGCCUGUGGAGGUUCAUUGAGCCACCAAGGCAUGAUGGCUUCCAUCUGUAA